AUGAUUGACGGCAAGUUCUCGCACGACAACACUGUUCCUCCCGCGAAGACCAGAGUCUUUCCUCUCCUAUCCCUCCAAGGCCGUACAGCGAUAGUCUCGGGCGCCGGCGCCGGCAUUGGACUGGCAGUCGCCCAGGCGUUGGCAGAAGCCGGUGCAAAUGUUGCGAUAUGGUUCAACUCGAAUAGGGAUGCCAUCGCUCGUGCCAAGGAGAUCGAAGAGGAAUAUGGCGUCAAAUGCAGAGCAUACGAAGUGAAUGUAUGCGACGCGGACGCUGUCGAGAAAGCCGUCUUUGCGCAAGUUGAGGAAUUCAACGGUCGCCUGGACAUCUUUGUUGCAAACGCCGGCAUCCCGUGGACAGAAGGAGCAAUCAUCGACGGCACCGACAUGUCCGGCCAGAAGCUGCAGAACUACAGCUAUGGCAGCUUCAUCGCCACCUCCAGCAUGAGCGGCCGCAUCGUCAAUAUUCCCCUUUGCCAGGCAGCGUACAACUCGGCGAAAGCUGGAGUGACGCAUCUGUGCAAGUCUCUGGCUGUUGAAUGGUGUCGAUAUGCUCGAGCAAAUGCCGUGUGCCCUGGAUAUGUCGACACAGAGAUCGCCAACUUCGUUCCCAAGGAUACAAAGUCCGUGUGGAAACACAAGAUUCCCAUGGGACGUGAGGCCAUGCCGCAUGAAUUGAAAGGAGUGUACUUGUUCCUCGCGUCGGAUGCCUCGAGCUACAUGACUGGAGCUGACUUGGUCAUCGAUGGAGGGUAUUCAUUGCCGUAG